UGUGGUCAGUGCUGAAACAACAAGUCUGUGUUGUUAGACUUGUUCUGAAUAUUCUGAUAAAUCUGGUGUUCUGCUUUUUCAAUUUUUUAAUUUACAAGAAUAACAUAAAACUUCAAGAUGCCAAGGGUUAUGAUAAAAGGGGGUGUUUGGAGAAAUACUGAGGAUGAAAUCCUCAAAGCGGCAGUGAUGAAAUAUGGAAAAAACCAAUGGUCUCGUAUUGCAUCAUUGCUUCAUAGGAAGUCAGCAAAACAGUGCAAGGCUCGUUGGUUUGAAUGGUUGGAUCCUAGUAUAAAAAAAACGGAAUGGUCAAGAGUAGAAGAUGAAAAGCUACUACAUUUAGCAAAAUUGAUGCCUACUCAGUGGAGAACCAUUGCACCAAUUAUUGGACGAACUGCAGCACAAUGUCUUGAGAGAUAUGAAUAUCUUUUGGAGCAAGCUCAAAGAAAAGAAGAAGGUGAAUAUGCCAAUGAUGAUCCAAGGAAGCUCAAACCUGGUGAAAUUGAUCCUAAUCCUGAAACUAAACCUGCUAGACCAGACCCUAAGGAUAUGGAUGAAGACGAGAUUGAGAUGCUUUCGGAAGCAAGAGCAAGGUUAGCUAACACCCAAGGCAAGAAAGCUAAAAGGAAAGCUAGAGAAAAACAACUUGAAGAAGCCAGACGAUUGGCAGCCCUACAGAAAAAACGAGAGUUAAGAGCUGCUGGAAUUGAAGUACUUUCAAGACAUAAAAAAAAGAAAGGUAUAGAUUAUAAUGCAGAAAUUCCUUUCGAAAAAUUGCCAGCAAUUGGCUUUUAUGACACAUCGAAAGAGACUGUCGAUCCAAUUGGCCCAGAUUUCAAUAGAAUAAAUGAUAGCAAUGAUAAUGAUGAGAAUGAAAGGAAAAAAGAUAGAAAUGCAGCAAAAAGAAAAAAGGAGAAUGUUCCUAAUGAAAUAUUCAGUAAUGACGCCCCAGCAAAAAAGAGAUCUAAAUUGGUACUCCCGGCUCCUCAAAUAAGUGACAGUGAGCUUCAACAAGUUGUUAAAUUAGGAAGAGCCAAUGAAUUGGCGAAAGAAGUAGCUAGUGAAACCGGAAAUGAUACCACAGAUUUAUUGAUGAAUAAUUAUUCUAUGGCGCCUACAGCAGUUGCUACUCCUAGAACUCCGAUGUCUCAAAAUGAUAAAAUAAUGCAGGAAGCUCAAAAUUUGAUGGCUCUUUCACAUGUGGACACACCUUUGAAGGGAGGUUUGAAUACCCCACUACAUGAAACAGAUUUCUCCUCCGUUAUGCCCCAAAAUCAACAAAUAGCUACUCCAAAUACAGUCUUAUCUACACCUCUGGCAUCAGUAAGAAGUAAUACAAAUUCUGAAUUUGCCACCCCUCAGAAUAGAAAUGACCCCUCUUCGGCAACUCCAGUUUUAAGAGACCGAUUGAACCUGAAUGCCAAUACUUUAGGAACUCCUAUUAAUCAAUUUUUGGGUGCAAAAGAGCAAUUGAGGGCAAGUUUGAGCAGUUUACCUCAACCAAAAAAUGACUAUGAAAUUGUUGUGCCAGAACUUGAAGAAUCUAAUCAGAAUGAAGAAACAGAAGUAAAUAUGAUUGAAGAUCAAGCAGAUGUGGAUGAGAAGAUGCAAGCUGAGUUGAAAGCUAAAGCGGCAAAGGAACUGAAGAUGAGAUCACAAGUGAUUCAAAGAAAUUUUCCUCGACCCUAUGAUGUCAAUUUGUCAGUGUUAAGACCCCCCCAAGAAAUGUAUGGUUUAACUGAGAUGCAGAAAGCAGAAGAAUUAAUAAAAGUGGAGAUGACUACCAUGAUGAUUUAUGAUAAUUUGCAUAAUCCCCCAUUAGUAAAUGGUAAAAAGAAAAUUCCACAAAAAGAUCAUCUUUUGUUCUUAGAUUCACAUCAGUACGAACAUUUCAAGGAAGAAGACCUUGAAAACGCAAGGAAAAUGAUAAAAGAUGAAAUGGAAUAUGUUAAGAAGGGAAUGAACCAUGGAGAAUUGCCGCUAGAAGCUUACUCCCAAGUAUGGGACGAAUGCUUAGGUCAAGUCCUUUAUCUUCCCAAUCAACAACGGUACACCAGAGCAAAUUUAGCUAGUAAAAAAGAUCGGCUUGAGUCCCUCCAAAAGAGGUUUGAGCAAAAUAGAAUGCAUAUGGCUAAAGAAGCUAAAAAAGCUGCGAAAAUAGAGAAGAAAAUUAAAAUUUUAACAGCAGGUUACCAGAGUAAAGCUCAGAAAAUGAUAAACAAUAUACAAGAAUUAAAUGAACAAGCAGAUCAAUUGGAAUUGGAAUUAAAUUCUUUGAAAUUGCUAGCAGAACAAGAAAAAAUUGCUAUGGGAAAAAGAGUACAGUGUUUGACAGAAGAUGUUAAUAGGCAGAUGGAACGUGAGAGGGGUCUUCAACAUAGGUACAGUUUACUUCAGGAUCAAAUCAGAGAACUCUAUGAACAACAACUUGCAAAGAAGACAGCAACUGAAAGUAGUUCAAAUACAGAGGUUUCAGUAAAUGAAAAUUCACAAGAAGUUACAGUAUUCAAUAACCAAAAUGAGUAACAGCAACUUUGACAUCUCAAGGAUUGCAUACAAAGCUAAAUUAUUUUGAAAUGCACAUAUUGUCAAAUUAGAGUGUCAUGAAAUCAAUAUAUAUAUAUAUAUAGUUUAUAUAAUUUUUUUUUCUAUGUUAAUGGCACUUAACAGAUUCUAUAAUGAAUAAUUUAUAAUUUUAAAAUGUUUAUGUAAAUAUGUUGAGUCAAAACAAGGUUCAUUCUCAUCUGAUUUGUUGUUUUCUUAUAAAAACUUCAUUAUGUUUCUUCGUUUUUAUCCGCAAGAGAUAGUUGACCGUCAAUAAUAGAAAAAAAUGACAAAAACACUGAUGUGAAGUCAGUGUUGGGCGUGUUUGUUAUUGAUGUUAUUAAUCUUAUUGAUGUAGUUUUCUCUAAUUUUUGCAUGUAUAUUUUUUAUAUAAUUAAUGCAGUUUUCUGAAAACAAAUCUGAAGUAAAAACUUUCUGGAGUGUGCCAUGCCAUGGAAACAUAAAAUGACAUGAUACAUCAAUGAAAUGUCAUUUUUUACUGUUUUGGAAAAAGUUUUUU